AGUAGUGACGACUCUCGAAUUCGCCUUUAACAUUUUUAACUGUUAAACGCGUUUCAUAACUCACUGGCUUUGAUAUGUUCCCUUCGUUUGUUUCGAUUAAGUAGAAAACACAGUAAUUAGUUUUUUUAGUUGCAAUGUUAAAAUUUAUUUACCAAUUUAUUUUAAAUACGGCACGUUUUGUGGUACAUUAACAUGGCUUUGAUGACUCUAACCGAAGAGUGGAUUCGGAAAAAAUUGCGCCUAAAACAUCCACGCCUUGGAGAUGUCCGUUCACUGCGUUUGCCUGGGUCAUACAAACUGAAAAUCAGAUCUCUGGGAAAAGCACUGAGUAACUUUGAACGACUAAAAACUCUGGAUCUGUCACAUAACGCCCUUUUCUCUAUUGAAGGUCUGAAACACCUGAAAAAUUUGCAGUGCCUGAAUCUGUACUACAACUGCAUACCUUCCCUGGAAGAGGUAAAAGUUCUUUUUGAGUUGCCGGUUUUAAGAGUACUUGAUUUGAGGCUCAAUCCCGUGGCCAAUGAGCACCGAUACCAUCCUAUCUUGGUGCACGCCAUAACCAGCUUACGCAUGUUAGAUGCUUGUGUAGUCACACACACUGAGCGGAGAGCUGUCAGAUUGCUAUUAUCUCAUGAUCCUUAUCCUCGGCGAAAGAGAGCUAUUGUCAACCAGAAAAGUCGUGAUAGGACGAUGGCCUUUGUGGAGCGUCUCAGCAAGAAGCUCACCAAGCUGACGGACGAAGAUGAUAUGGUGUUAUCCUCACCUCCACAGCUGCCAAGUCCAGAAGAAGUUCCAAGUGUGUUGAAUGACUGCGAGUCGCCUGUUCCUCAUCGUCUUGACAGCAACCAGAUUAUACAUCCUCCAAAAGUGUCCUCCUCCAGCUUGAACUUGACAGAAGAUGAUGUGAAGGGUAGUUACAGGGAGCCUUUGGAGAAACUGCUGGACGUCAUGGUCAAACACUGGGUGGGACAGAAAUCUCUGCAAAUUGACAGCAACUUCCUGAUUCAUAUUGUCCAGAUCUUUUCCAUGAUGGAAAAGCAUAUCUGCAAGCGGGACAGUCAGGUUAAGUCCUUAAGAAACGAAGUCGACGCGCUGUGUUUUUGUACCGCCACUCAAGAGAGCGAACACAAAUCUGACACAUGCAGGUUGAAUUCUCAACUGGUAUGCUCUUUUCUAAAACUCUUUUUGCCACAGAGUGUCGAUGCUUUAAUACUACAUUUAAACACCUGGGCCCAAUUAUACUAUUUGACGCAAUUUGAUGCAUUUUUUGGACUAACCACAAACUCAUGGAAAAUAUCCAUCCAUUUUCUACUGCUUGUCCCUCUCGGGUUUGGGAUCCCAAUUCAGAAUAUUAGACCUCGACAGGUCGCCACCUUACUCCUGGAAAAAAUAUUUUACAAAAAAUAUUAUUUUGGGUGCAGAGUACCAAUUAUUGAUUUAGGAAACCUUUCUGACAAACCUCCACAAGGGAUAAAACCAAACAUGUCUUCUUUACUAGACCAGUACAUGAAUGCUGAGCCACGGAGAAAUGUGAAGGGAAACGUUCCAUUAUAUACUUAACAGCAGCAGAGCAGGAAGCAGCUUCAAAUGUAGUGCUCUGUCAUUCAAUCAUUCACAUUUUACAUCGCCAUAAAAAGUUAAACCAGUAAGAAGUCCAAAGUGAAUGUAUUGAGAACUAAAAUAACUUACAAAUUCAAUAUUUUUUUUCUGUAAACAUGCGCCUCAACUUGUGUGAUAGCUAAUCUGAAGACACUUUUUUGCCAUCUUUUGUUAGUGAUAUCAAAAACGGAAAUUGUGCAAUAGAACCCCAAAAGAACUUAGUGGGCGUGAUUUACUAAAGGUUUACGUGUAUUAAAACAUUUGCAAACUUGAUAGCACGAGCAAAGCUGAUCUACUAAACCUCUGCAAAGUGGAAUGUCUGCUCAGUGAGCAGAAAAAGUUGUGCAAUCCAUUUUGCGUCUGUCUUCAUUGUUUGCAAAAUAUAUGCUAUCAUCAAAAUGACCACGAUAUUUGGAAGAGAGUAUACAAAUGUUAUUAUUUAGGAUGCACAAUGUGAUUUAUCAACAACGUUUUGUGAGCACUAUUUGGCGUUUUAUUUGACAUGUCUCAGAAGGACGUGCAAAAUGACAGUUCCACACACAGCUGCAGGAUAGGUGAUCGUGCUGCAAGGAUAGACGAUAGACAGACGAGAAUCCUCCGUCCUAAAUCUGUGUUUUGGACAGUCAGAAAUAAUAAAUAUUGCAUGUAUCGUCUAUUUAGCAACACAAUUUUAGAAUUUUAUUACUGCUAGAGGAAUCAAGGGGCUGAUUAAAACAAUUUUAAUUUAUGUGUUUGUGUCUUUUAUAUAUAUAUUUUUUUCACGCUAUCAAAAUAUUUCUGAGAUGAAUAAAAAACUUCCUUAAGUAUGUGGAGUUUUUUUGCAUGUUUGCAUAUCUUCAGCAGUUUAAAAAAGUGGUGUCAUUGUAGGUGCACUUCAGGACUGCUUUUAAAAUGCCCGUAAAAAAGAAAUACAUGUCUCCUGCUUAUUAAAAAGAAAAAAUCCCACAUGGUGCAGUAAAUGAUUGUGUUUCCAGUGUUAGUGAAUCGCACACAACACAGCAUCUAAUAGUACACACUAUUUUAUAGCAUGCACACAGUGUUUACCAUGUUAGUAGAUCAGGCCCAUUGAGUAUCUCUUGGCUUUAUUUAUUCCAGCAAUACUUAUGGAGCACCACAAGGUGACAGAAUCGCUCUGCAAACACCUUCCUCUUCCUUCUCAUUUGCUGUAUGUCAGGCUGUGAGUUAAUUUGCAUUUUUUUGCAUAAUUGACCUCGGACGAUGUGGGAGAGACAUAACGCACAAAACCAUGAAAAGCAAAACAAAGACGUACAUAUGAACUUUUCCCUCUCAUUUAUAAUUAUGAUGCCAUCUAUCUACUGUACACUACCGACAAUCUACAGUACAUUCACAGACAGUCCCAUUAUGAUGUGUUUAUGAGAUUGGGUGAACAGGCCUGAAUGAAGGCCACAUUUGAAAUUUAAAUGGAUGUAUAAGAAACACUGAUCAUACAGUGAGU